CCGCCUUUGACCUUCAUUUGCCCGCCAGCUUUCUUUCACCUUUGCCUGUUUCUCCAGCGUCAUUUCAGUCGCUGUGAUUUCGCCGCGAGUAGUUUCGGUUUCCGAUUCGGAUUAUCGAUCACCUUCAUAUUAUACGUGCGACGUGCUUCGAAAGCUUUCGUCAUGGAUGAGGACUACUCUACCGGGUCGGUGGACGCCGACCGCGAGAUGACCAGACUUUGGCGCACAUGGAGGACAGUCUUUGAGAUGCUCCUGGACCGGGGCUACGAAGUCACGGAGGAGGAAGUGCAAAUCCCUCUGGCCGAAUUCAAGAGAAAAUAUUCCGACCCUCUGGGCUACCCUGACCGCAACAAAAUGAAAAUCAGCGCCCGCCCCACCGAAGCCAUGCAAGCCAAAUACACGCCCCUCCCCAGCAAAUCCAACCCCUCGCCGCAACCCGACUGCGGCACCAUCUACGUGGAGUUCUGCCCGGACUCGACGGGCGUCGGCACCAAGCAGGUGCGCGCCUUCAACCACUUCGUCGACGAGAAUAACUUCCAUACGGGUGUCUUCAUCACCCAGAUCGCCAUCUCCCCCUCGGCCGUGCGCCUCCUCAGCGGCGUCCCCGGCCGCAUCUGCGAACACUUCCAGGAGCAGGACCUGCUGGUCAACAUCACCCGCCACGAGCUCGUCCCCAAGCACGUCCUGCUGAGCCCGGACGAGAAGGCCCGCCUGCUCGAGCGCUACCGUCUCAAGGAGUCCCAGCUGCCCCGCAUUCAGGUCAAUGACCCCGUUGCCCGGUACCUGGGUCUGCGGAGGGGGCAGGUUGUUAAGAUUAUCCGGAAGAGUGAGACCGCUGGCCGGUAUGCCAGUUAUCGCUGGGUUAUCUAAACUUUUCUCGUUUGUGCGAGAGAAAACGGUGGUGUGGUGAGGGGCGGUCUGGCGGAUCGUUUCUUUUGGAAUGGAGUCACUCUUCCGUACUUGGAUCUCUGGUGCAGGUGAUACAGGGCCGGGGUGGUCCUGCUCUCACAGCACCUGUAUCACCAGUGCAUGGCUUUAUGCAGCAAGAGUGGGAUACUAAGUGCGAAGGCGAAGCGAACGAAAGAAGAAAGAGAAAAACAAGAAAAAAUAUUGUCUAAUUACAGGCAUCGGGCAGCAUGGCGUAAGGGCGAAAAAGUUUUUCCAAUAACCAAAGUCAAUUUGUUUUACCUUUUCUCUUUUCACGCAUUAUUAUUGAUAGGAGACAGCUGUUCUAGCUGUUGGGUGGCUUCACCUGGAUUGUUACCUACCUACUUACAUACCAUACCGACUUAUACGAUUACACACAUAUGAAGAGUUCGAA